GUCGAGCUGGACAAUAGCCGUGGACGGCUCCUGGCAGUGUCUUGAAGAUGAAGUACGAUGGCAAGAGCUACCAGCUUCAGGACGACCUCUACAAGUACCAGGCAACGUCGUGACGAUCUACCGGAAGCGGCUGGAUGGAAGGAAAGAAAAGCGGGCCAAUCACUUUCCCGGCAUGGGUCAAGUGACGCUGCAGCGCAUGGUCAUGAGGGCCCAUGAAGGCCUCGGACAUCCAGAGCCCGGCCGGAAACUUAUGAUCGACCUCGGCGGGGAGUUCAAGGCGGAGUUGAGGAAGCAGGUGGAGAAUGACGGCUCGGAGGUCAUUCCAGGUCCGUUGGAGGCCCCGACCCAACGAGGCCUCACCGAACGAGCUGGAGGCGUCUUCAAGGACAUCCUCUACAAAGCCAUGGCGACCUAUGGAUGUGAAAGCUGGCGGGAGUGGAAAGAGUUGGUGGAUGUUACCUGCAUGACUCGGAACAGGCUUCUUCUAAGAGGCGGCUACUCCCCCAUUCAACGA